AUGCAUUGCGUAUCGUUCUCAGCUUUUCUUGUUUUGGCGUUUAUCGUCAUCGGGCUUGCUACGCCAAUCCCCGACAGGGAGAUGAUAGAAAUCGAUGCGGCUGAAGGAUGUACCCCUGCUGAACCUGUAGCACAUGGAACUUUGAACUCGCGAGACGAGGUGAGGCCGAGAUGUGUCAUCAAGGCUUGA